AUGCUCCAUUACCGCACGCAGGGCUUCAAUGGCUAUGCGGUAAAGUACUCGCCUUUCUUCGAUAACCGCCUGGCCGUCGCAAGUGGAGCCAAUUUCGGUCUGGUUGGAAAUGGCAGGUUGUAUGUUCUCGAGCUUACUGCGAAUGGGAUUGUGCCUGUCAAAUGGUUCACCACGCAAGACUCUCUCUAUGACCUCGCCUGGUCUGAAAUCCACGAGAACCAGGUCCUGACGGCGUCCGGUGAUGGCAGCAUCAAGCUCUACGACACGACCGCCGACGAUUUCCCCAUUAUGAACUGGAAGGAACAUAAUCGGGAGGUGCUUAGUGUGAAUUGGAACAUGGUAGCAAAAGACCGCUUCUGUUCCAGCAGUUGGGACGGCACUGUUCGUCUCUGGACACCUCAUCGCCAGCAGUCCCUCCUCACCUUACCAACUCAUAGCUGCACCUACUCCGCCGCCUUCUGCCCACACAACCCCGAGCUCAUUUCAUGUGUCACUUCAGACUCGUAUGUUCGAGUCUUUGAUCUACGAACCCCAGCCUCCGCAUCCAACCACCUCGUCGUCCAGAUACCCAACCAUGCAGCUCCAAUGCCACCAGCAAUUCCUGGGUCACCGGGCAUCCCCCCGAACGCGACGCAACCAGCGGAAAUCCUCACUCACGACUGGAACAAAUAUCGUCCUACAGUUCUUGCGACAGCUGGAGUUGACCGAACCAUUCGCACAUUCGAUAUUCGUGCCCCACAACAAGGACCUCUGUCCAUCAUGCUGGGCCAUGACUAUGCAAUCAAGAAAUUGGCCUGGUCACCACAUCUAUCAAACGUUCUCCUGACUGCAAGCUACGAUAUGACUUGCCGUGUCUGGGAUGACCAGUCAAGUACUGGCGGGGCUGGUGAUGUGGAUCUGAUGCGAUCUGGUCCGGCGGGUCCGGUCCCCGGGAGGGAGAUCGGAAGAAUGGCGCGACACACAGAGUUUGCUACCGGUGUAGACUGGUGUCUCUUCGGAAAUGAGGGCUGGUGUGCUAGUGUCGGUUGGGAUGAAAGCCUCUAUGUGUGGGAUGUGCGAGGAUCAAUGGUAUGA